CGAAGUAAGCUCGUAAGGAGCAUCGGAAAACAAACCCAAAAGGCUCCAGUACCAAUAACCAAUAACAACAACACCACCUGCACACACACAUCAUCACACAGCCAUGUCGUUCUUACGUUCAGCCAACACCUCUCUCCUCCGCCCAAUUGGCCGCUCCACCCCUCGUUUAGGAUACAUCUCCCGGCGUGCCGCUUCCCAAGACUACGGCUCCGGUGAGGGCGACCCAACAGCCGAGAAGGGUGCUCAGCUCGGCAAGAACCCGUCGGAGCACCUGGAGCACCCAGGCCCACCAGCGCCAUCGACCGGUGGCAGCAACAAUGGCAGCCAACAAGGCCAGCAAGGGAGCAGUGGACAGCAGCCGCAGGGCGCGCAGAAGUCGGACGGUAGUGCCGAGCAGCAAUCACAGAGAAAAGGUACGCAAGGAGCCCAGCCUAAGAUCCUCGCCGAUUCGCCACCGCCGUCGGAUGAGGCGUCAAAGGAUGUUCAAGAGCACAAUCGCGAUAUGGACAAACGGGCUGAGAAAGCGAACGAGAAGGUCAGUGAAGAGGAUUACGAGAAAGACAAGGUACCCAAGGGCUUCUGGGGAGGUGAGUUAAUGCAUAUAUCGCAAAUCGAGUCAAUGUAAUUGAACUAAUGAUUCAUGUGCAGGUCGUGGUGGCAGAGACAGUGACCCGUGAGGUACGCUACUGUUUUGCGAGAAUGCGUUGUUUGACUGUACGAUAUAAUUUCUGAAGGCGUUGCAUGCCUUUCGUCCCUUAUGCAAUGCAGGAAAUGUCCAUUGCAGACAAGCUAGAACUCCGAGCGCCUUGCUCGCUAUUGGGGUAUCUCAUAUUCACUCCAC